ACACGCGCGGCACGGGCGCACCGCGCACCCCGACCCCGCACACCGACGACGAAGAGAGGAGAGGAGGCGGAGCUCGAGCCCAACCGCGCAACUCACUUCCCCGUCGCGAUUUGCAUUGCCCUCCUCUUGGCCCCCGAUCUCGCCGUGCCCUACCCCCAGCCUCGCUCCGCCGCCACCAGAGAGAUAGCGCCCCCCAUUCCCACAAUCUAAUCCUUCCGUCCCUCGAGGAGCCGAGCCCUCCGCGCGGCCGUGGGAUGGGGCGGUGACAACACCGGUGAGUGGCGUGGGGCAGGGAGCCGGUGGCGAGGGCAUAUCAUGGUGCAGUGCCUGGACGGGGUGAGGCAGCUGCUCGCGGUCCUGCUCAAGUGCUGCGACGUCGAGCUCAAGCAGCCGCCCGGGCUCGAGGACCCUCAGGUUCUCGCGAGGGAGACCGUCUUCAGCGUGAGCGAGGUCGAGGCUCUGUACGAGCUGUUCAAGAAGAUAAGCAGUGCUGUCAUCGAUGAUGGGCUGAUUAACAAGGAGGAGUUUCAGUUGGCACUAUUUAAGACCAGCAAGAAGGAGAGCCUGUUCGCAGACCGCGUAUUUGAUUUGUUUGACACAAAGCACAAUGGAAUUUUAGGAUUUGAAGAAUUUGCUCGUGCUCUCUCAGUAUUUCAUCCUAAUGCUCCCCUUGAUGAGAAAAUUGACUUUUCAUUCCGGCUGUAUGAUCUCAAGCAGCAAGGCUACAUUGAGAGACAAGAGGUUAAGCAGAUGGUUGUUGCUACACUUGCUGAGUCAGGAAUGAAUCUUUCAGAUGAAAUUGUAGAGAGUAUAAUUGACAAGACAUUUGAGGAGGCAGACACAAAACAUGAUGGAAGGAUUGACAAGGAAGAGUGGCGCAGUCUAGUCAGUCGGCAUCCAUCUUUGCUGAAGAACAUGACUCUUCAGUACCUCAAGGACAUCACCACAACAUUUCCAAGCUUUGUCUUUCACUCCCAAGUUGAUGAUAACUGAUUUUCAUGGGAUUAUUUUGGCAAGAAGUAUUAGAAGAUAUUCUCGUGGGGUUCUGAUAUGGUUUUCUUUUUCAAUUAUUGGGUUGUUGGAUUGACUGAGAUCGUAGUGCUCAUAAGUAUGUUGGAUGUUGGAUUCGAGAACUCAAAUCUUUUGUCAACCAUGUUUCUUUCAUUUGCAUGUCUGGAUGCGCUUGGAAAAUAUAUGUAGUAUAUGUCCAAAGUUUUCCUUUUUUUUUGUUAUUUUUGGCUGGCCCGCAAUCGGAUCCAGUUCUUAGAAGCUUCUGUCUUUUGUACAGGUUAGAAAGUGUUUUGAGGACUAAUAUUGUGCUUAGACCUCUUUUUAGACUUCAAUCGUAGCUCGAGCAGAUUUUUUUUUUAGGUGUGUACUUGUGUGCUUCCAUUUGUUUUUGAGAUAUGCAUGUGUUUUAUCUCCAAUUC